AUGAACUCCGAACCUCGGGCCCGCCGGACGGGAUCGGGGCGGCUGCCUGGUGAGCAGACCCGCGCCCGGGCCAUGCACCGAAUCAGCACUCAGAGCACUCAGAGCAGUCAGAGUUCAGCGUUGGAUCCAAAGUCGAUGGAGGGUUUCGUGGAGAAACGGAGGAGGAAGAGCCAAACUGAAGGCGGAGCUCCCUUCAGAGGAAAGCCAGAAACGUCACCUCGCGAGAACCCUCGCGUCGGCAAAAUACCCACGGUUCCCACAGUUCCCACGGUUCCUGCUUUUCCUGCUGUUCCUGCUGUUCCUGCUGUUGCUGCGUGUGUGGCCACAUCGCGGAAACCGGUGCUUGAAGCCAGGUUCAGCUCAGACCUUCCCUCGGGGAACUCGGGGAACUGCCAACAAAGCCCGAGAAGUCCACGAAGUCCACGGGGCGUCGGAGGCCUACCCGGCGUACCUGGCAUGGCAACAGGUUCGAGGCGGCCGGAGCGUUUGGGAUCGAAGGAAGGGAAGGAAGGGAAGGAAGGGCGGGAUGGGAGGGAAGGGAGGGAAGCGAAGGAAGGGAGGGAAGGGAAGGAACGGAAGGAGCCCACCUCAGACGUGCAGAAGCGCGCGCUCGUGUUACUUGCCAGUUCCAAGUCUGCUGCAGUCAAAGAAAGGACGGAGACCUUCAUCCAGAAGCAUAAGAUUGCACUUCCGCUGGGUGGUACUACAGCAGAUGAACCUAAUGGAUCUGGAGCAACAGAGCCAAGAGAGCUAUGUGACACUCAACUUCCUCAGCCUGAUCCGACGGAUGAAAAGGGCACGCUGCCCUCAUCCGGACGAGCAGCAGAACCAGCAGAGAGCACUGCGCAGUCCUGGUGUGCACCGCUGGACGCUCUGACGUUUGCGUGGCUUCAGGGCACAUUUCAGUGGUGCAUUCAGUGCAUGAUUGGAUGCGUACUUCUGUCACUGCGGUGCUGCUUUGGUAGCAUCAACUGCCUGAAGCCCAUCCUCGUCGAGGAGGCACCGAGAAGGCGCUACCAAGACAAAGUGGCAGUCAGGACCUGCUAA